GCAGGUAAAAAAGGUGCUAAAAAUAGAUAUUCUGAUAUUGGAAUUUCAUAACAAUGUGCCCGUUUUCUUUCAGUAAAAGUCAUUCUUUUUACCAAAUUAUAAAACGCAAGAAUGGCUUCAAAACAGAAUUUGGAUUUUCAAUAUCUUAAUCUUUUGCGAAUAAUACAACAAAUUCACGAGAAAAAGCAGCAGUUACAAACAUGUAUGGAGAAUGGAUUUUUUUGUAUGUCAAAGGCACGAUAUGUCAUGGGAAUGAAACAAGUAUCUAAACUGAAUUAUGCUGCUGUAAUGAGUGCAAAUGUAACUGUUAAUGUUGAACAAAACGAUGAUGAGGUUUCUAAAUUUGAAGUUCAACAUAACAAAAAUGAAAGAAAAGUAUCAGAAAAACAAAACAAAACCAAAAGUGGUGAUCAAAAAGAAGCAAUUUUAAGGAAAAGAAAUGUAGGCAAUAGCAGUUCUGAAGACAAAAACAUUGAAACGGAUGAUACUGAUCACGUCCAGUCUUCUAUUAAUGAAUUGCCAUCUGCUGUUUCUGAUAUUGAUAUCAGCGAAGAAGAUAAAAUUGCAACCCCAACUGAUCCAUUAAAUUGGUUUGGUGUGCUUGUUCCACAAAGUCUUCGGCAAUGCCAAAUUGAAUUUCGGAAAGCCUCCAUCAUCAUUGGUGAUAUAAGCACACUGCAGUCUCAAUUAAAAUUGGCUAAAACAAAAAUUAAAAAGUUAAAUUCUGAGGUUUCAAUCAAGUGAAAUAUUAUUAUAUUUAUUGUGUAUGAUGAUUGCUUAUGUCUCGUGAAUCAUAUUUAAAGCACACAUUGAAAGAUUUCAUUUAGUGUACCAUACUUCUAUUGUUUGAUAAAAACUUGCAAUAAUUUCAAUUUUUAUUUGCAAUAUUUCGUUUUUUAUGGGAAGCUUUUAGGUAUUUUUAAGCCUAAAUGAUGCUGCCCUGUUUUGGUGUGGUACUAUCUAUACUACAAAUUAAAUUUUUAUAUAAAAAAUGUUGCUGUUUAUACCGGGGGUACACAUUUCCAAUGAGCAUAUGUGCCAAAGUUUUCGAAAUAAUGUUGUUGCUGCCAAGGCACUUUUGAAUAUGUAUUGGUAAUAUGAAUGAACUUCUGAAGUCAAAAUUUGGUAUGUUGGGCUUCAAAGGAGAAAUAGUGAUGUGCAUCACUAAAUCUAAAUAUUUAUCUGUGAAUCGAGUCUGUAGCUGAGAUUCAUUUGUUUUCGUAAAGAAUUACCUCCUACCAAACCAUAAGCGGGCCACAUUCGAGCUCAUGGUGUGCCGCAUUAAACAUGUAUGCCCUGUGUUAUUUACCCCUGGUAUAAGACUAUUCAUUAUUGCAAAGAAUCAUAUUUAAUACUCGAGAUUUUCAUUUUUUUUCUACUAUGUAACAACAUCUAAUCAAAGAAUUUUUGUAUGUUAGA